AUGAUCAACUCACCAUUAACCUAUAUUAACUUAAGGCCAAAUGCACCACCCAAUCGGCUCCUGCUGAUCGGCCGCCACAAACACAUCGGAAAAGUAGCUUUGGCCAUCCUUGCCGGAAUCCUCUGCCGCCAUAUAGUCAGCUGCCGGAAAGUACGAAUCACCGCUGUCGAGAAGCUGGCGGCCAUCAUCGUCCACCACGGCACUUCCAUCACUGCCCGUACUCAGACGGUCCUCAGCCUUCAUAGUCAGCUGAAGGCUCGGCAGAAGUGGGCCCACCGGGAGUGGGUCGGGUUUCUGACCCAGUUCCUCACCGGGCUUUUUCUCGGGCUGGAAUUUCUCACUUUGAGCUUGUCGUUUUCCUUGAGAAUGGAGUCGUAAUUGGAACUGAGAAAGUCAUAUGAGGCCUUAAGCUUAUCAUAAUCCCUCUCGAGCUGCUUGGUCUUCCACCUGGCACGGCGGUUUUGGAACCAAAUUGCUACUUGCCUCGGCUGCAAGCCCAGAUUCUUA